UAGACCUGGCCUAUUUAUCAAUUUUAUUUCCAAUCACGUGACUAAGGAGACCUAUUGCAGACGAAAGAUUUCUAAGCGCCACCUAGCAUUAUUGUAUAACAUUAAUGUAACUCAGAAAUUUGAUUCAUUUCUCUGCAAAACUGUGAGCGAGAUGGCUGAAGAAACUGCUACUGUUUCCGCUACCCCUGUGGCUGCUACGCCAAAAAAGGCGAAGAAAAGUCCGAGUAAGAAACCGAAAGCGCUGCCGUCGCAUCCUAAGGUUUCAGCAAUGGUCGUGGAGGCUAUUUCUAGUUUGAAGGAACGCGGUGGCUCAUCUCUGCAAGCUAUUAAGAAGCAUAUUGCAUCACAUCACAAGGUAGAUAUUGACCGUUUGACACCUUUCAUCAAGAAGUACUUGAAGAGUGCUGUGGCGGGUGGAAACCUGGUUCAGACAAAAGGUAAAGGAGCUACCGGUUCAUUUAAAGUUAGCGCAUCCGGUCAGAAAGGUAAAGAGUCAGGAAAGGGAAAAAAAAAGCCGAAGAAAGCAGCUGCAUCAUCAGCCAAGAAAGCUAAACCAGCUGCUAAGAAGCCAGCUAAGGCUAAAGAAGAGAAAAAGAAACCUGCCACUAAGAAAGUUAGUGUAAAAAAGGCGAGUAAAGCAAAAAGUCCUAAGAAAGCUGUAAAGGCAGCGAAGCCUAAGCCUCCAAAAGCAAAAAAACUUAAAGCUGCUAAAAAGGCGACACCAAAGAAAAGCAAGAAGCUGUAUUAGAACGUUUCUCAUUGGAUGGAAAUGAAAAGAAUGAAAUUCAAUAAAUAUGCUGCAUCCAAUGUGCACUUCAGUUCAUUCGAAGACUGUUAAAAA